AUGACCGUCGACGUCUUCUCCGUACCCGUGUUUCUCGUCGUCUUUCGAGAGAGCCUCGAAACCGUUAUCAUCGUGUCGGUUCUGCUCGCCUUUCUCAAACAAACUCUCGAUGGCCCCAGAAGAGACGUGGCUGUCUACAAAUCCUUGCGCAGACAGGUAUGGCUUGGCACAGGUAUCGGGUUCUUGAUAUGCUUGGUUGCCGCAGGCGCCCUCAUCGGCGUCUUCUACAAAUUAGGUCGCAACAGCUGGGAGGCCCAUGAGCUCUAUUACGAAGGCGCCUUUUCGAUAUUCGCCGCCGUCAUCAUCACGAUAAUGGGAGCUGCUCUGCUUCGGAUCGGUAAGAUGCAGGAGAAGUGGCGCGUCAAGCUUGCGAAAGCCAUGGAGUCGCCCGUCACUGGAAUCAAGCGGGGUUGGUUCAAGCACUUCGUCGAGAAGUACGCCAUGUUCGUCCUGCCCUUCAUCACGGUGCUUCGAGAGGGCAUCGAAGCCAUCGUCUUUGUCGCUGGCGUCUCUUUCUCAGCCCCAGUGACUGCAGUGCCACUUCCUGUUGUCAUGGGAUUGCUCGUCGGUGCCUUGGUCGGCUAUCUUUUAUACAAGGGCGGGUCGACUGCCAAGCUGCAAGUCUUCCUCGUAGUGUCCACAUGUCUUCUCUACCUCGUCGCCGCCGGACUUUUCACCAGAGCGGUCUCGGCAUUCGAGCAACAAGCGUGGAACAACGUGGUCGGCGGCGACGCUGGGGAGCUCGGGAACGGACCGGGCUCGUAUGAUAUUGACAAGAGUGUGUGGCACGUCAACUGCUGCAGUCCGGAAUUAAAUGGUGGCGGAGGUUGGGGAAUCUUCAACGCCGUUCUCGGAUGGACGAACUCUGCCACGUAUGGAUCUGUGAUUGCCUACAAUGUGUACUGGAUCUUUGUUAUGCUGGUGUUCUUCGUCUUGAGAUUCCAUGAGCUCAGGGGGCAUUGGCCGUUGAUGAAGAGGAAGGUGUCGCGCGAGGAAGGGGUUGUAGGCAGCGGAAGUGAGGUGCAGUCCGAAGGUAGGCUCUCUGAUCAGGCUUCAGGCAAGGAAAAGGGCUUGCCUACCACGAAGACUGUCACGGCCUCUUCGUAA